AUGCCUAAAGACCAAACAAGACCACACCAACAACAAUACAGAAGUAGUGAUUCGGGAUCUCGUUAUCAACCAUAUAAUAACAAUAACGUACAACAAAAAACAUCCAACCCUAAAAAGGUGGUAUCACAAGAUAGUAAUAGGAAUACAUCAGAUAAAAAAAUUAAUAAUUUACCAUCAACAAAUAGUGGAAAGAAGAUAACCAAUUUUGAACAACAACCAAAUCUUGUAAAUAAUAAUUCGGAAAAUAUUUAUCAAUCACAAAGAGAAAGAAAUACCAGUAAAUAUGGUAAAUCGAACGGUCAAUCGACAUCUGAUGAUGAGUUCUCCAUUCCUUCAGUUGAGGAAGAUGAAAACUUACAAUUAAUGAAAAGUCUGGGCUUGCCAACAUCAUUUGAUACUACACAUGAAAAACAUGUUGCAGGAAAAGCAAAUAAUCUGAGUGGAGUUAAAAUUACAACUAAACGAAAGGUAAAACAAGUAAUGAACCUUAAAGAUAAACCAGUCCAUACUCACCAAUUCACUAAUAAACCAAGAUAUUAG